GAAGAAGCUACACAGUCAGUAAAGGCGCGACACAGCUGAACAUCCAAGGUAGUAUAUGGUGACUAAUGUUACAAAGAUUAUGGAUAUGAAAAUAUUUCUUCUCAUGAGCGUAGUUUUGAACACGCUCUAUAUUCAACCAAGUUCUUGUCAAGGUCCGCAACUGUACUUCAACUCUUUUAAAGAAGAUGCAGCUUGGGUUGUGGAAAACAGCAACCUUUCCCUUUCAUUCUGGAUAGACGUUUCUUCUUGUAAAGACCCUGAUGCUCUCUUCAGACUUGAGGUACAGACAAGAAGAAGCGAUGGCAAAUACGACGAUGAUGGAAGAGUUGUUCGGUUGGAAAACAAGUGUGAAGUAACUUUCAAAAAUUCAGUUCAAUGCAUAUCUGAUGAUGGCCCAGCAGAACUCAACAAAAAGGUGAACAGUUCACACACAGAAGUGAUAUGGACAAUGUCCUGGAAAGACGAAGAUUCUAAAACAAUACACACCAGGCAAUCAAAAUUAAAGUUGCACGUAUUACGGGAAAUUGUUAAGUCGGUUUUCAAACCAAUCAUCGACUUGAAAACUACUUUACCUCCAGAGGUAACCGUACCCGCUCGUUUCCAAGAUGAGCCUGUAACAUGUGAACUCGAAUUAGAUGGAGACUGCAUACAGAAUAUAUUGUUUACUGGCGUAAACUUGUCCACAUUCGAUGUCUACCAUUCAUAUUCAUAUGGCAAAAAAGAUGUCCCCAUUUCCUCUCAGCUGCCAUUAUUUUAA